AUGGUUGUUUCCCAAUAUUUGUCUGCUGAUGGUCCUUUGUUCUCUGAUCCCACUCCCUACAAAUCUCUCGUCGAUGCCCUCCAAUAUUUGACCAUCACGUGCCCAGACAUUUUCCAUACUGUCAACUAUGUUAGCCAAUUUCUGCAUGCUUCAACUGCAUACCAUUUUCUUGCUAUUAAGCAUAUUCUUCGCUAUGUCAAGGGCACCCUCCAUUUUGGCCUCACUUUUCGCUCCUUUGCAACUCUUGGUGCUCUAGUUGCUUAUUCUGAUGCUGACUGGGCAUGCUGUCCCGACACUCGUCGUUCUACUUCUAGUUACUCUAUUUAUCUUGACAACAAUUUGGUUUCUUGGAGUGCCAAGAAGCAACCUACUGUAUCCCGUUCCAGCUAUGAAUCUGAGUAUCGUGCCCUUGCGCAUACUACAUUUGAACUUCUUUGGCUUAUGCACCUUCUUCAUGAUCUACAAGUUUCAAUUCUACAGUGA